GGUGGUGGCCGGGGCGGCGCCGGUGACCGCGCUGUCCCCCGGUGUCCCCGGUGUCCCCAGGAGGGCGUGGUCUACGCCGUGGAGUUCUCGCACCGCUCGGGCCGGGACCUGCUCAACGUGGCCAAGAAGAGAACGAACGUGGUGCCCGUCAUCGAGGACGCGCGGCACCCCCACAAGUACCGCAUGCUGAUUGGCAUGGUGGACGUGAUCUUCGCCGACGUGGCGCAGCCGGACCAGACGCGCAUCGUGGCGCUGAACGCGCAUCACUUCCUGCGCUGCGGGGGGCACUUCCUCAUCUCCAUCAAGGCGAACUGCAUCGACUCGACGGCGCCGGCCGAGGCCGUGUUCGCGGGCGAGGUGAGGAAGAUGACGGCCGAGAGGAUGAAGCCGCAGGAGCAGCUGACGCUGGAGCCCUACGAGAGGGACCACGCCGUGGUGGUCGGCGUCUACCGGCCCCCUCCAAAGGAGAAAUGACGUCAUCGCACCUCCGGCCCGCCAGGAGGCGCCAGCAGCGGGGGCGUGGCCUAACCCGGAAGACAUCGGCACUACUCAAAAGUGGGCGUGGUCUGGUGCGGAAGUGGGCGUGGCCCAACCCGGAAGUGACUCCGGUGUUUGGGGUGGGGGAGGGGCCCGGGGGG